CUACAUACUUAUACUCCCACAAGAACCCGCUCCACCAGCCCGGUGCCUGGACAUUCCCACUCCCGCCCCAGCGGCUGCGCCCUCCUGUCCAUUGCACGAUCAGCAGCACCAGCGUGUUCGGCCACUGGGCCUGGCCUGGCCCGGCGAUCACGGGCCCCUGUCGCCAGCCCGAGUGGAGACUGCCCCAAUUUCCUUUUGUACGGGGGGAACACCGCAACCUGCAAUCGCAUGGGGGUAUAG